UCUCUUGUACAUCCUAAUCUCACUCUUGUAAGGUUUCAUCAUUUCUGCUUACCCCCCAGAUCUCCAGGACAGGAGACCAGCCUGUUUACACUGGUGUUUUUCUUCAAACUAGUUGCCAGGUUGGAACGACCAAUGACAUUAGAGAUUCCAACCUCCCUGAUUAUAAGGACAGGAUUCCAUGGGUACUCAAGAGCUCAGGUGGAUAACAGCAACUUCUCAGAGCUGUUCUCCACUCCUGACUUCUUCCCAGACUUGAGAAGAGAGAACACACUCUUCUGGGUCCUAUAGAGUCUGGAAGAAGGCUUUGAACAGAACAGGGACUAGGUUCUGUGGGAGGGAACAGAGUUUGGGAGAAAUCAUGGCCAGCUGUCAAUCACAUCCCCAGGUUGAGUAUCAGAGCCCCCAGCCUAGCACCUCGGGGUACUCCCUCCCAGAGAUGGUGGAUGAUGAAGUGCCAGGACCAUCAGCCCCUUGGGUAGAUCUCAGCCCCCCACAUAGGUUCUUUUAUUGGAAAAGGACGAGGGAGUGGUCAGACCAAUCUGAGGAGGAGCCAGAGGAAGAGCCAGAGAAGUCACGAGCCCCUGAGCCUGAGGACACCUGGGUGGUGGAGUCGCUCCACUGGCUCAAGAUGAAGCUGAAGCAACGGCAAGUGUCGCCCAUGCUCCCUGAACACCACGGGGCCUUCAACAGGCUGCUAGAGGAUCCUGUUGUUAAAAGAUUCCUGGCCUGGGACAAAGAUCUGAGGGUAUCGGACAAGUACCUCCUGGCAAUGGUCAUAGCAUAUUUUAGCUGUGCCGGCCUCUUCUCCUGGCAAUACCGACGUGUUCAUUUCUUCUGGCUCUGUGACUACCUGGCCAAUGACAGGGAGGAGGAUAACCAGGCCCCCAAACAAGACAUCUUGUACUUCCUGUAUGAGAAGAACCGCUCCCAGCGACCCUUGUUCCAUAAGCUUCAACUCCAGUUUGUUUGUUCCAUUUGGAGGAGGUGGGUGAAGCAUGGGGAGGUGGAGGAGGUGGGAAGGAAUCAGGCUUAUGACCCAGAGCACUGGGUGUGGGCUCGAGAUUGCACCCUCCUUCCUAGAGCUCCAGGGCUGUGGAGGCCUGAGGUCGUCAGUCUGAGGGAAGGUACAUCUGCGUCCUUCAGGAUAAAGGCAGAAUAUUGUGGUCUAUUUAGGAAAUCUGAGGAACCCAAUUGCUUGAUCCGGUUUCAAGCCUGGGCAACAUGGUGAGAUCCCCUCUCCACAAAAAUACAAAAAUUACAGGCGGUGGCUUAUGCCUGUAAUCCCAGCACUUUGGGAGGCUGAGGCAGGCGGAUCACAAGGUCAAGAUAUCGAGACCAUCCUGGCCAACAAUGGAGAGAAACCCCGUCUCUACUAAAAGUACAAAAACUUAGCCAGGCCUGGUGGUGCUUGCCUAUUGUCCCAGCUACUCAGGAGGCUGAGGCAAGAGAAUUGCUUGAUACAGGAAAAUGGAAGUUACAUGAGCCAGGAUUGUGCCACUGCACUCCAGCCUGGUGAUAGAGCGAGACUCUGUCUCAAAAAAAAAAAAAUUAUCUGGGCAAUGUGGGAGGUCUCACUAUUCAUUACUACUCAGGAGGCCGAGGAGGGAGGAUCUCUGGAGCCUGGGAGUUUGGGGCUUCAGGGAGCCCUGAUCCUGCCACUGCACUCUAGCCAACAGUAUGAGACAAUGUCUCAAAAAUCAUCAUAAUUUGCUGUGAGUUCCGGAGGCUCGUUCUGAUUGAAGCACUUGAGUUACCAAUGCAGGUAGAGAAUUCAGUGAAGAUUUGAUUUACAUCUUGUGCAGCUAAUCACACUGAGGACUCAGCAUGAGGAAGUGAGAUUUCCUCCAUUAGGUAGUGAGAUUAUGGAUUAGGCUUCUGAACUGGUGGUUCAUGAUGUUGUCACAUUAGAAACAGAGCUAGCAUGCUUACAGUAAUCUUAAGGGACACAAAAGGCCCCAGGUGUAAUGAAGUCCAAAGCCACAUUCUCUGAGGGUGCACUACUCCCUGGGCAGACCCACCCAAAGUCCUUGCUCUGAAGCAGAUCACUGGGGCUGGCUAUGGGUGUAUUCAGUGAGUUUUGGAGUCAGGGUCACCGAAGUGUCAGUAUCACAAUUGAACACGAUGGUUCAGAAGCAGGGUAGAGAAUGAAGGGCAGGAGAUAAAAUUGGAUUGAUCAAUUGCUCUGAAGAGCUGACUAGAGUGAUCACGCUGUCCUCCUAGGAGCGGGGGUGGGUGGGGGUACUUCUAAGCCUCUGUGGAGGACAGUGAGAAACCAGGGGUGUUUCUGGUUCCACCGCUUCCUGCAGCUCCACCUCCCUUUUUAUAUUGCUGAAUUCCAGCCUCCCUGGGGUGGAUUCUGGAGGUUCUGUUUCCUAUGGACUUGGUUGCCACAGUUCAGGAGCAUUUGAAGGCACAGUACAGGUGCUCAGAUUGGCACGAAAUUAUUUGUAAAAUAUGAGUGCCAUAGGAUUGUAACAGAUAUGCUUAACACAUAACUGUGCAUUUUAUUGGUUUGUUUGGAAAAUGUUGACCAUCAAAUUAUUAAUAUGCUUAUUUCAAAUAGUUUGGAAAUUGUACUUUUGAAAACAUGCUGUU